AUGUCAGGCUCGUUGAUUGAUGGGCUAGGGUCAGUUCAAAAGCGUGAUGCUGAUAGAUUUUUCUUUGAGUUUGCACUUGAUCAAUCCGAGAGUUGGUUACCCGAUUCUGAAUGCCAUUUAACUUCUAAUUCAGAGGUAGCUGUAACUGCUGAGCAUUCGGUUAAUGAUGGAAUUGAGGCGAAAACUUCUGUGAAGAGGUUUCGGGAGCAUGAUAGUGAUUCUGAUUUAGAACAUGAUGAGCUGGCGGCGGUUGGCACCAACAACCUUUCUGUUCUUACAGACACUACAAAUGAAAGUGGUAUAUGGCAAGAUUCACCCAAGUCAGAAGCUGCUGAAAUUGAUACAACAAUUUUUCUCUCUUUUGGAUGGGAGAAUGAAAAACUGUAUGAAAAAGCAGUUGAAAAUUUUGAUGGUGAGGAUGCGGCAAUAGGCCGGAAAAUAAUUUGUGUUUUGACUUUUGAAUCAUAUAUUGAGCUGCUCUAUAGAAGCAACAAAAUUUUAAUAUCAAGUCAUCAAAACGAUCCACUGAUUCUUGACAGAGUUACUCUAAAUCGCUAUGGCGACCUGCCUCUACACAUCGCAUCAAUGCUUGGACAUACUAACUUUGUUAAGGAGAUCCUAAAUCGAAAGCCUCAGCUUGCUAUGGAGCCUGAUUCACAAAGACGCUUGCCUCUUCAUAUAGCAUCUACAAAAGGCCAUGUGGAACUAGUUAGAGCUCUGCUAUCGGCUAGCACUGAAGCAUGCCUUGCGUGUGAUUGUGAUGGGAACAAUCCUCUCCAUCUUGCAGCCAUUAAAGGACGCAGUGAUGUCGUGAAAGAGCUGGUGCAAGCCCGACCUCAUGCAGCUAGAGCCAUCGUGCAGCAGGAGACCAUCUUACACUUGUGUGUGAACCAUAACCAACCGGAGAUUUUGAAGUUCUUAAUAGAGACCACAGGUGAUGAUGAGUUUGUAAGCUUUAAGGACAGUCAAGGCAAUAAUAUAUUACACCUAGCUGUGGUUUACAGACAAACUGAGACCAUAAACUUCUUGCUACUCAGUACAACUAUACAAGUCAACGAAGAAAACUCAAGUGGGGAAACACCAAUGGAUAUAUUGGGUCAAGGACCGAAAGACUUGAAAUAUCAACAAAUCUUACAGUCCCUAACGCGAGCAGGAGCUGUUGAGGCGAAAAUUGGUAAUUUGUUCAGACAAGAUCCUCAAAGUUCCAGAAACGAAAUCGGUGUGGAUGGCUUAGACGACUAUAAUAAGAGACAAGCCUCUCCUUUUUACUUGAAAGAAACCUCUAAAAACUCUGAUGACUGGCUGGACAAAAAGCGAAACACUUUGAUGGUGGUGGCAUCAUUGAUAGCAACAAUGGCCUUUCAAGCAGGUAGUAAUCCUCCCGGUGGUGUUUGGCAAGAAGGGUCAAGGGAAGAUCCAAACAUUAAGGCUGGAUACGCUAUCAUGGCAACCAUUCAUCCAUUAGAAUACCAAAUCUUCCUGGUUUGCAACACGGUGGGUUUUGUUUCCAGUCUUAGCAUUAUCUUGUUGCUUAUUAGUGGAUUGCCUUUUCUGAAGCAUCGUUUUUUCAUGUGGAUUUUGAUGGUUAUAAUGUGGAUUGCUGCUACGUCAAUGUCAGCAACAUACUCGAUUUUCAUAUGGCUUUUGUCACCAAAAGCCGAGUCAAAUACAUUCAGGAAUGUGGUAAUUUGUAUUGUGUUGGUAUGGAUAGGGUUGAUGACUCUUCUAGUUGUAGGGCACAUCAUUCGCCUGAUUGCAAUCGCUAUGAGGAUCUUGAGAAGGCUACUCUUCCCUAAAAAGAGGCCAAUAUUACGUCCAACUAUCAGGAACCAAGAUGGAAUGUAGUAUGUGAAACAUUCAAUCGGUCUCACACCUGGUACGCACGCGACACGCUACAAAUCAAUGAUAAUAGUGAAGAUAAGAAAUAUUACAUUAUUUAAUGUUAUUUUAUCAAUAGAAAUGAUUGUUAUGAAUGAAAAUGUUGUUUACAAUAUAUUUUAUUUAUAUUAUUAUAAUACAAAAUUUUACAA